ACAGUAUUUACUAUACAAGUCUACAUAUCUGCACUUAUUCGAGGCUUUACUCUUCAAACUAUAACCUAGCCAAGGAUGUCUACAGCGGGCCGUACUUGAUUCCCUUCCCUCUCUAUAAAAAAAAAAUUAAAAAAAAAAAACGACAAUUAACAAAACGAAGAAACAGACAUUCGAGCCAACAACCCACCACGCAUCAUAGCAAUGGACGAAGAGACGAACAUCGGCGUCGUCAUACUAGGCGGCUGUGGCGUCGACCCAGCAAACAUAGACCACCUGCGCCGUCUAGCCAGACGCCGACACAUGUGGGCCUGUGCUCACGCAAUGGCGGUCACCUGUCUGGCUAUAUUCUUUGGUUUCGCCCUGGAAGGGUUGCUCCGCGAGCUCCGCGUGUUCACGCAGAGCGAAGGGGUCCUGCUGGUCGUGGCUUUGGUGGCGGUGGUUGUGACGGCGUUGCCGGGGGUUCCGUUUGGGUCGCCGAGGGCUGUGGUGCUGUUCCGUUAGGUGGGGGUGGGUUUGGGUUUGGGUUUGGGUUUGCUUGUUUUUUCGUUUUUUUUUUUUUUUUUUUUUUUUUUUUUUU